AUGUUUCCGCCUGGACUGGAUUCUUUGUACAAGCGAAUGAUGGAGCAGAUUAGCCAGUCAGUCUACGCUAAACUCUGCAAGCAAGUACUAGCUUCCAUCACUCUCGUAUACCGACCAAUCACACUGGAGGAGCUAUUGGUCCUUUUCGAACCGCCAAAAGGCAUGGCUGCCAAUCCAGAGUCAAUGCGAGAGGUCGUUGGUCAUUGUGGCUCAUUCCUGGUCCUGCGAGAAGAGACUGUCUACUUCGUGCAUCAGUCAGCUAAAGACUUUCUGCUCGAAAAGAAUAUGGUUAAAGAAGAGUUUCCCUUGAAUGAGGAUGCUGUUCACUCUACUAUAUUCACCAGGUCUCUCGAUAUCCUGUCCAGGACAUUGCAGCGAGAUAUGUACAAUCUGAAGGAUUUAGGUCAUCCUAUCGAGGAGGCCAAACCGCCAGAGCCUGAUCCAUUAGGAGCGUCACGCUACUCAUGUGUUUAUUGGGUCGAUCAUCUCUGCGCCUCGGUCCACCAAACUUCAACGAUGCCCAUAGUUGGUCUUGAGAACGGAGGCCGUCUCGAUAAGUUCUUGCGCAACAAGUAUCUCUACUGGCUAGAGGCUCUCAGUUUGUGCAAUAAUGUGCCAAAAGGCAUUGUUUCGAUGGCAAAAUUAUGCUUCCUUAUCCAGGAGAGAGGGGUUUCUCAUCUCACUGAGCUUGCCCGCGACGCGCAUCGGUUUAUCAUGUACUCCAAAGGAGCGAUUGAAUCCCAUCCUCUUCAAGCGUUUAGGGUCGCCGCGGUAGCCUUCUCAAGCGAUUCGACGCGGCUGGCAUCAGCGUCGGAUGACGACACUAUCAAGAUCUGGGAUGCGCAUAGUGGUAAUUGCCUACAGACGCUUACAGGCCAUAAAGACAGUGUUCACGCAGUAGCCUUCUCAGGCGAUUCGACGUGGCUGGCAUCAGCGUUGGAAGACGAAACUGUCAAGAUCUGGGAUACGCGCCGUUGGAAUUGCGUGCAAACGCUUGAAGGCUAUAACGGCAGUAUUGACUCAGUAGCCUUCUCAUGCGAUUCAGUCCAGCUAGCAUCGGUGUCGUGGGAAAAUAUUAUUAAAAUCUGGGAUACGAGCAACUGGACAUGCUUAAAGACGCUUCCGCACCAUAGUAAACCCGGUUUUCCACUGGCCUUUUCAGGCGACUUCACGCGAUUAGCAUCUGUGUCGGAUGAAUUUACUUUAAAGGUCUGGGAUACACAUAGUUGGACGUGCCUGCAAACGUUUGAGGGCCGCAGUGACUCGGUGUCAAUAGUGUUUUCGCCCAACUCGACUCAGAUAGUGUCAGCGUCGGACGAUGGCAUUAUCAAGAUCUGGGAUGUGCGCGACGGCACGUGCCUUCAGACGCUUACGGCUCAUAUUGACCGUGUCUACGCGAUGGCUUUCUCGAACGACUCAAUCUGGUUGGCAUCAGCGUCACGAGACACUACUAUCAAGAUCUGGAAUCUAGCGUCAGCAUCUAUCGAUGGUACUGUUAAGAUCUGGGAUGUAAGCAGCAACGUGGACUUAAAGUCGCUCGAGGGCCACUGCCUCGCGGUCGAAUCAGUGGCCUUCACGCACAACUCAACCUGGCUAGCGUCAGCAUCAGAAGAUCGCACUAUUAAGAUCUGGGAAACGAGUAACGGGAAAUGCCUGAAGACGCUCGAGGGCCAUUACCGCUUUGUCAAAUUGGUGAUCUUCUCGCAUAACUCGGCACAAUUAGCGUCCAUGGGAUCGUCCAGCAGUAAAAUCUGGGACACAGGUAGCGGAGCGUGCCUGCACACGCUUAAUCAUGGCCCUGUUGCCUAUGUAAUAGCCUUCUCGCACGACUCCACCCGGCUGGCUACCGUGACUGACUCCACUGUUCAGAUCUGGGAUACGCGUAACGGCGAGCUCCUGCGCGCGUUUAGUGACUACAGUGACGGCAUUUUCAAAUCAGUAGCCUUCUCGCACGACUCCGCCCGGCUGGCUACCGGGUGUGGGGUCGGCGUUGCCGGUAUCUCCACUGUUACGAUCUGGGAUGCGCGUAACGGCGAGUGCCUGCACAGGCUUGACCAAGACGGCAACGUCAACUCAGUAGCCUUCUCGCGCGACUCGGCCAAGUUGGCGUCGGCAGGCAGUACAGUAAAGAUCUGGGACGCAGAUAGCGGUGUGUGUCUGGAGACACUCACCGUCAACAGCUAUCUCAGAGUAAUGUCUUUCGAUUCCUCGGGAGACCGCCUCAAUACAACUCUUGGUGUUAUUUCUCUUUGCCAAAGCGAAGCUUCAGGCGAAACAGAUGUUGUGCGACCAAAGCCGACCCAAUUUGCAGGCAUAGGAAUAAGCACCGAGGACAUGUGGAUCACGUACAAUGGGAGCAAGCUCCUCUGGAUUCCACCAGAGUAUCGUAGUAAAUGCUUUGAUAUAUGCGAAAACAACCUCGGGAUAGGUGUUAGGUCUGGUAAAGUUUGGAUUUGUACGGUCGAUCGCGAUUGA